GCCCCCUCCCUCCUCCCGACUUCCCGCGCUGUUCGGCCUCGCGAUAGCCUCGCCUCCCGUGCUAAUCAAAGCCCCGCUCCAAGAAGCGGAUGCUGCCCUCGGUCAUCAUGCGAGGCUUCCACCGGAUCCCCUCCGCCGAGUCCCCGAGGAAGACGCUCCUCCGCCGGACACACCCGGACUACAACUCCCGAGGCGUCUCGCCAACCACCGCAUAAACUCACGGUCAGCGGCCAUUUUUUUUUUUUUUUUUUUUCUUCCCCCCUUGUGGCUACAGCAGGUGUGAGUCGAUGGACGACAACUCGGAGCUCCGUCGAAUUAUCGAGAGCGCGUACUUCGGCUCGUCGCGGCGGCAAAGCGCCUCCAUGACGGUCCAAAGUAACAGUGGAAGUGGUGGUGGAAGUUUGGAGGCGACGCCAUCUUGGUCGCAGCUCUCCUCCUCCCCGACCAUUUCUCAACAACAUAUAACGGCCGCCGCCAAGAGCAAGGAAGGCCCCAUGGACGAGCUGCACAGCCUGGACCCCCGGAGACAGGAGCUGCUGGAGGCCAGGUUUACCGGAGCUGUCAGUGGCAACACGGGAGGCAGUGCUGGGAGCAUGAGUGGAGGCGCCAAGGGUCUGGCCAACGAGUCCUCCAACCACAGCUAUGGAAGUCUUGGCUCGUCCAGCGACAAGGAGUCCGAGACCCCAGAGAAGAAGCACUCCGAAUCAUCCAGAGGGAGGAAAAGGAAAGCUGACACAUAUUCAGAGAGCAGUCAAGGGAAGACCUCCACCCGUGGGCCUAAGAUCAGCGACUACUUCGACUUUCAGGGGGGAAAUGGCUCCAGUCCAGUCAGAGGCCUGCCGUCAGCUCGCCGCUCCCCACAGAGCUCCCACUCUGCACCAGGCUCAAUUAUCCGACAAAACAGCUCCUCCCCCACCAGCUUGUGUUUUGGGGAACACAAUCCCAAAUCCAGUAAAUGUGUCCAGACGGAGUUAACAGCACUGAAACUUGCUGCUCUUGAGAGCAACAAGAAUCUGGACCUGGAAAAGAAGGAGGGACGAAUAGAUGACCUUCUCAGGGCUAACUGUGACCUGCGGAGACAGAUCGAUGAACAGCAAAAACUCCUGGAGAAGUACAAGGAGAGACUCAACAAGUGCAUUACUAUGAGCAAGAAGCUUCUCAUAGAGAAGAGCACCCAGGAGAAGCAGUCAUGUCGUGAGAAGAGCAUGCAGGACCGUCUCCGUCUCGGCCACUUCACCACCGUGAGACACGGAGCCUCCUACACGGAGCAGUGGACCGACGGAUAUGCAUUCCAGAACCUGAUCAAGCAACAAGAAGGCAUUAACCAACAGAGAGAGGAGAUUGAGCGUCAGAGGAAGCUGCUAGCCAAGAGGAAGCCUCCGAACCCCGCCUCGCCCUCCCUGUCUUUGGCCGCCUCCUCCGAACCCAAGCAGAGAAAGACCAAAGUGGUCAACGGCAAUGAUUCCGACCCCUUCCUGAAGCCCUCGCUGCCCCAGCUACUGACCCUAGCUGAAUACCACGAGCAGGAGGAGAUCUUCAAGCUCCGCCUUGGACAUCUGAAGAAGGAGGAGGCUGAGAUCCAAGCAGAGCUGGAGCGAUUAGAGCGUGUGAGGAAUCUUCACAUCCGAGAGCUGAAGAGGAUAAACAAUGAGGACAGCUCAGCGUUUAAAGACCAUCCCACUCUGAACGAACGCUACCUUUUACUGCACUUGUUGGGCAGGGGCGGCUUCAGCGAAGUUUACAAGGCCUUUGACCUGUUUGAGCAGCGCUAUGCAGCUGUUAAAAUCCACCAGCUCAACAAGAACUGGAGGGAGGAGAAAAAAGAGAACUACCACAAGCAUGCGUGCAGAGAGUACCGCAUACACAAGCAGCUGGACCAUCCCAGAAUAGUCAAACUGUAUGACUAUUUCUCCCUGGAUACUGACACGUUCUAUACCGUGCUGGAGUUCUGCGAAGGCAACGACCUGGAUUUCUACCUGAAGCAAAACAAGCUGAUGUCAGAGAAGGAGGCGCGCUCCAUCGUCAUGCAGAUCGUCAGCGCCCUGCGGUACCUCAACGAGAUCAAACCUCCCAUCAUCCACUACGACCUCAAGCCCGGUAAUAUAUUAUUAGUGGACGGAACUGCGUGCGGGGAAAUCAAAAUCACAGACUUUGGACUGUCAAAGAUCAUGGAUGAUGAUAACUACGGCGUGGACGGGAUGGACCUGACGUCCCAGGGAGCCGGGACGUACUGGUACCUCCCUCCGGAGUGCUUCGUCGUGGGAAAGGAGCCACCGAAGAUUUCCAACAAGGUGGAUGUCUGGUCCGUGGGCGUGAUCUUCUUCCAGUGCCUCUACGGGCGCAAGCCGUUUGGUCACAACCAGUCCCAGCAAGACAUUCUGCAGGAAAACACCAUUCUCAAAGCCACUGAGGUCCAGUUCCCUGCUAAACCCCAGGCCAGCACAGAGGCCAAGGCGUUUAUCCGCCGCUGCCUGGCCUACCGCAAGGAGGACCGCUUCGACGUGCACCAGCUGUGCUCGGACUCCUACCUCCUGCCGCACAUAAGGCGCACCAACUCGUCCAGCGCCCUGCAGCCGGCCGCCUCAUCGCUCGCCUCCUCGCUCACAACCUUCUGAUUGCCUGCCGAGGUACGCCCGACCCGACCCGACCCGUGCGCCCAAAUGCAGGGAAAUGUGGAUUUGACGCGCUUCCAGAAAGGAUGAGUCAGCAGAUCCUGCCUGAACUGUGAACGCUGCAAUAAGAGCAAGAUGGACUAACUUCCACUACAUAAGGUAAGUGUGGGAGAGACCAGGACUCCCAGGACGAUGACUUGGAGACGCGGAAGAUUAAAAGGAUUCGUGCAUCUCAUUGUCAAAAAAAACAAAACAAAAAAAAUUCCAGAUAAAAAAAAAAAAAAAAUCUGGAGUUGAUUUGCACUUCCCACUUCGAUUGUGACUUUUUUGUCGUGAAGCCAGAAAAGUUCCUCGGUCCGCAUUUUUUAUUUGUGUCGCCAUGUGCGUGUACGUGUCCAACACUUCCUCGCUUCUUACUCCCGGAACCUUUUUGCUGCUGCACGUGUCGCCCUAACGUUUGUCCCCCGCCCCCCCCACGCAUUAUAGUUUGAUGGAGGGAUGGCUUGUAAAGAUAAACAUAAAGUACACCUUUACACUGCACACCCCAUCUUGAUUUAUACGCCCGGAUUUUUCCUGCCAGUCUAAACCCUCCAAAGAGUCUCAAAUCUGGUAUUGUGGCAUCAGGAAGUAGUCCUGAAUCUGAUCCUUUCAAAUGUGACCUCAGACUAAACGCAAUGUGACCUAAAUGUGGAUUUUUUUCCUGCUAGCCUAAGGCAGAGGUGUCGAAGUCAAGGCCCGUGAAAGAAGGAUUUAUGGCCCCUGGGAUAAUACUGGAUUAGUAUUAGAAGCGGCCCGCAGGCCACAGCCACCGGCUGCUGUUUUGCACACACCAAUAGUGUUGGUGAUAGGAAUUUUCAAAAUGGGGCCCCAUCAAGUCAUUAAAAUGGGGUCCCCCAGUCAAUUUUUGGAGUCCCGCUUUUUUGUAACCAUUUAAAAAAAAAAGAUUAAUGUUAUAUCUCACAUUAUAUAUUACUCAGUGGCCGCCCUGAGAUCGGUAGGUCGUGAGUUCAAACCCCGGCCGAGUCAUACCAAAGACUAUAAAAAUGAGACCCAUUACCUCCCUGCUUGGCACUCAGCAUCAAGGGUUGGAUUUGGGGGUUAAAUCACCAAAAAUGAUUCCCGGGCGCGGCCACCGCUGCUGCUCACUGCUCCCCUCACCUCGCAGGUGUGCUUCAAGCUCAUGGAGAGAAUGCCAAGAGUGUGCACAGGGUGGCUAUUUAGAAGAAAGUAGAAUAUAAAACAUGUUUUUGGUUAUUUCACCUUUUGUUGUUAAGUACAUAACUCCACAUGUGUUCAUUCAUAGUUUUGAUGCCUUCAGUGACAAUCUACAGUGUAGUAAAUACCGUGUUUCCUUGAAUUGCCGCCGGGUAUAAAGUAUGCGCCUGGCUAGAAUUACUGCCGGGGUCAAACUCGUUUCGCUAAAAUAAUUAGCGCAUGCUUAGCAUUACCGCCAGCUCAGGAUAAACGCCGGGUCAAACUCCUUUCGCAAAAUAUUAUUUUUAUUAGCGCAGGGUCAAACUCGUCACGUCACGGGUGACAGGUCACCAAAAUGGAGGAGGCUGAUUUCAAUAAUUAGAAAUCGCAUAAAGGGAAGAAGAUUAAGAGCUAUUCAGUAGGAUUUAAGGUCCAAGCUAUUGAAUAUGCUAAAAAGAACAGUAAGCAGCUAUGUUUUAUUAAUAUGCCGUAGCUGCGUGUGUCAAAUAUGAGUCAUUAAAUGACUCCCGCCUCCUGGUGGUAGAGGGCGCUAGUGAUCCUUCUUGCGACUAGAAGUGACAACAAGCAGCAAGAGUGUGUUUAUUUUUUCCUCUCGCUUGCACUUUUAACAUGGAGGAUUACAUAUCUAAAAUAAAACCGUUUUCUAAACUGGACUUUCAAUCGAAGCAGGAGGUAAUAAAGCUAGAUCUCCAUUGGGAUGUUUAAAACUGAAGAAAGAUAAGGAAGACUUCUAUAAACAAGUUUUUGGUGUUUUUGUUCAGAAGGAGCUCCGCAUGGACUUCAUUUAUAAGUAAAGGGACGGCGUGGCGCAGUGGGAGAGUGGCCGUGCGCAACCCGAGGGUCCCUGGUUCAAAUCCCACCUGGAACCAACCUUGUCACGUCCGUUGUGUCCUUGAGCAAGACACUUCACCCUUGCUCCUGAUGGGUGCUGGUUAGCGCCUUGCAUGGCAGCUCCCUCCAUCAGUGUGUGAAUGUGUGUGUGAAUGGGUAAAUGUGGAAGUAGUAUCUAAGCGCUUUGAGUACCUUGAAGGUAGAAAAGCGCUAUACACUGACAACCCAGGCUUCACGGUGGCAGAGGGGUUAGUGCGUCUGCCUCACAAUACGAAGGUCCUGCAGUCCUGGGUUCAAAUCCAGGCUCGGGAUCUUUCUGUGUGGAGUUUGCAUGUUCUCCCCGUGAAUCAAUCAAUCAAUCAAUGUUUACUUAUAUAGCCCUAAAUCACUAGUGUCUCAAAGGGCUGAAUGCGUGGGUUCCCUCCGGGUACUCCGGCUUCCUCCCACUUCCAAAGACAUGCACCUGGGGAUAGGUUGAUUGGCAACACUAAAAAUUGGCCCUAGUGUGUGAAUGUUGUCUGUCUAUCUGUGUUGGCCCUGCAAUGGGGUGGCGACUUGUCCAGGGUGUACCCUGCCUUCCGCCCGAUUGUAGCUGAGAUAGGCGCCAGCGCCCCCCGCGACCCCGAAAGGGAAUAAGCGGUAGAAAAUGGAUGGAUGGAUGGAUGGAAGUACAACCCAUUUAUUAUUUAUUUAAAGGCAAGACCUUAAUAAAGUUUUUUUAAUUAAAUGUGCUUUUCAUGAUGGUGUCCUUACAUCACACUCAAAUUUUUAAGCGCAUGCCUUUGGUAAGUGCCGGAGUGAGAAGAGGUUUUAAAAUAAUUAGCGCCCCGGUGGCAAUUCAAGGAAAUACGGUAGUCAUGAAAAUAAAACGUGUCCAAACUUUUGUUCAUACAUUAUUUACUUUCACCUAAAAAAAAACUUAUUUUUAAGGUGUUGCAACUUAUUUUAUUUUGUAGUAGAAGCGACUUCCUCCUGGUGGACUUCCUUAUACUUUAUAGAAGUGUACAUGCAAGAGAGGUGGAUAAUCACAUUUUACUUGCAGUGUAAAUAAACAGUCUGCUGGGGAAAAAAAAGACAUAAUAAAAUAAAUCUGGUUUGGGCCUGCAGUGUAAACGUGGUCUAGUUGGAAGGAAAAGGUGUGUGUGCACAAGCCAAACUACUUCCACUCAAUCCCCUCCUUUUUGUCAUUUGAGCCUUGCGGGAGGUGGGAAGAAAGAGAACCUGGAUCCUUGUGUCAUGACAGUGAUGGUCGGGUGGUAAGCAACAUAGCGGGAGGGGGGUCAUGCCAUUCAAAUGCAAUAAAGAUUGCCUUCAAUGUCUA